UCCGUUUCCGGUUGGCUCCGGCUGCGGGGUUGAAUGUUGAGUGUCCUGAGAGGUCAGAUUGCUGUCAGCUGUGAUGGUGCAUUCGGGGUUUGAUGCCAGAUCCAAAGUCUGGACUUAAGUAGAGUUCCCAACUCUUCCUUCAGUCUUUUCUUAUAGACAUGGCCCAUGGACAUGGACAUGAACAUGGUCAUAGUAAAAUGGAACUUCCAGAUUAUAAACAAUGGAAGAUAGAAGGGACGCCAUUAGAAACUGUCCAGGAGAAGCUCGCUGCACGAGGGUUAAGGGAUCCAUGGGGCCGCAAUGAAGCUUGGAGAUACAUGGGUGGCUUUGCAAACAAUGUUUCCUUUGUUGGUGCAUUAUUGAAAGGAUUCAAAUGGGGAUUUGCUGCAUUUGUGGUAGCUGUAGGAGCUGAAUAUUACCUGGACUCCCAGAAUAAAGAUAAGAAGCAUCACUGAAGAUAAUACCUGGAAGUAUAUUAGUGGCUUCUUAACUCUCUUAUAAAAAUAAGAUUUCUUCACUGUAGCCUACUUGUCUGUGUAUUUGUCCCUUAAAGGACACUAGUAAGAUUUAUUAAAGUAAGAAAACAUG